ACCGCCCGUCUUCAUCGGGACAGGAUGCUGCUCUCAACCGGCGGACUCGACGGGCUCGCCGCCCUCGCAGCCGCCGUGCAACAGCAGCGCGCACACUACACUGCGCCGCCCGCUGACGAGCGACUCGCUGCACUCGACUUGUUGGGCGACCAGCCGCUCGUCGAUAAGCGUCCCCUUGAGGACGGCCAGCCGCCGCCCGAGGCCAAGCACCCCCGCGCUCCCAAGGCCCUCCCGCCGAAGGCCCUCCCGCCGGGAUGGACGGUCCAGCGGCGCAAGGCGGUGGCGCGCUCGUACAACGUUUUCCACGGGCCGAAUGGGGAGCGCGCCGUCUCCAUCGCCGACGCGUGGCGCAAGGACCAGGGCAUUCCUCCGUCACCGCCGGCGCCGCGGCCGCCGCCGCCACCGGCCGUAGCAUCCGGAGCGGGACGGGAGCGGGAGCCUGGCGACGGCGGCGAGCCGCCCCGGAAGCGGCGCUCGGGAGGGCGCGGAGGCACCCGCUCGGGUGGAGGGGUGGUGUGGGAGGAGUGCACCGAGGUGGGCAAACCGCCGCCGCGCGCAGCCUCCGCCUCCGCCGCCACCUCGGUGCGGGCAGCUCUCUCCGUCAGCGGCGGCGGCGGCGUGUCGCUCACACUUCGCGUGUGCUGCGCCAGCCCGAAGGAGGCGGCCGCGGCGGCGGCGAGGAGCAACCGGCAGAGCCGGCAGCUGGCGGCGCUGCAAGACUACCUCCACAAGGGCCGAGCCGACAAGUGCGCCAACGAGUCCCUCGCCUCCGUCGCUGACCAGAUUGCAGAGAAGCGGCGCGGCGGCACGGCCAUCCAGUGGGGGUGCGUCUGCGCGGGAGGCGUGCUACGCGGCGGUGCCGAGCUGCAGUGCCGCUCGUGCGCCCUCACCUUCCACUCCAAGUGCGAGCGGCUCGACUACACACCCGCGGAGCUCGCGCGCUUCGCCGCCGACAAGACGUUCCUUUGCUCGUCGUGCCAGCAGCAGGAGCUGCAGCGCGCGGGGUACGACCCGUCGGCCGGCCGCUUCGUCUGGCAGUGCCAGUCGUGCACGCGCUGCUUCGAGGCGGAGGAGCACCGCACCGCCGAGCGGCACGGCGCUCGCUGUGCUGCAGAGCUGGAGCGCCGCGAGUGGUCCUGCGUCUGCGCCGACCCGAGGGCGCGCAAGGCCCUCGCGACAGAGUGUGCCGACUGCGGCCGCUGGUUCCACUACGGGUGCAAGGCGCAGUACCGCGACGGCGGCGCGAAGGACCGCUGCGUCGCGUGCCAGGACGCGGCCGACGACGCCGACGCCGCGGUGGCGGUCGGGACGCUGGCGGACGGGCGGGUGGAGGCGGACGCCUCCUACAUCGUCCGGCUGCCGAACGCGGGCGGCGCGCUCGUCAACGGCAAGCCGUACGCCGACGCCAUCCGCGCGAACCCCGCCAACCCGUCAGCGGACGGGUGCCACGUGCCGCUGGCCGGCGCAGCCGCGUGGGGCUUCGGCGCGGGCGCGAUGGCCAACGACCCUCGCGACAAGCGGCGCACGAACGCGCUGCUCGCCUUCGUCAAGCCCGCCGCCGUCGGGAAGGCCGUCGCCGACCUCGCCGUCGUGCGGCCGGUGCUUCUCGCCACGCGGCAGAUUGAGCCCGGCGAGGAGGUCUUCUACUCGUACGGCUCGAACAAGCCCUUCGAGCGGCUGCGGCAGGCGCUGCAGGCCGCGCAGCAAAAGGAGGCCAAGGGCAAGCAGAUAGGCUGCAAGCUGGUGUGGCGUGAGCACGGCGUGAUUUGACCAGAGCGCGCUCUGCCAGCGGUGAACGGGAGGGGCGCGGCGGACGAGCGGUCUGCCAGCAGCCGCCCCCCACGACGAUGGUCAAUACGCGAUAGCCCGAUCGAUGAGCUCUAACGUCUUGUACCUAUGUGUACGCUGUGGGAGGGGCGUCGGGUAAACGUACAGUUUCGCAUGUGUCGUAUGAGUUCGUUAUAUUC